AUGUCACUUCUUCAGAGAUUUAGCUCAAAGAUUGAUACCUGUAAAAACGUCAUUGAACAUCCAGUGAUAAAAAGUUUGCUUCAAAGUCAACAUCAUCAAAAGAAAUUUUGGUGUUACUUUUGUGAAUUGGAAUUCAGUCAGCAUGUUAUCAGUGAAUCGUGGCUUAUUUUAGAACAAGGAUUUCUAGACCAUCUUACCAGCAUGGCUCAUGAAAAAAAUACAAGAAAAUUUUUCAGAAAAAACUGCCUGAAAGACUUUAACAAGUUUCUUCUAUCCAGAAUAGAUUUUAAUAGACAUCUCACAAAUACUGAAAUUGCUCUUGAAGCUUAUAAAGAUGAACUUCAACAGAAAAUGUUAAAGGAAAUGAAAAAAAUCAGCGAAAAUGAAAGAAAAAGGAAAAUGUUUUCUAAGUUUAUUCAGGACAACCAAUCACCUCCUGAAAAUAACAAAUAUUCUAUCUCAAAAUGUGAAACUAAAACAAAAGGUAAAAAAACUGUGGCAGUAUUUUCUCCUGGUCUCACUUGCAUUAAUUUUAAGGAUGCAAUUGAUCAUGGAACAGGAAAUAUAUUUACCAAUGCUUUACCUCCAUGGCUACAAAAUGUUAAACCACUUAACAAUAAAAUUGGACCUACUUUUGGAGAUUUUGAAAACUAUUUAAAAAACCAGAGGAGACAAAAGCUUCCUCAGGAACGAGUUGGUGCCAAUUUAGAUGAAAAAUUCACACAAUCUGACUUCUGGUUGCCUUCUUUUGGCCAAGUGUGGAAUAAUAAUUGUAGAUUACAGUCCAAACAAGACUUUCUUAAACAUAUGAAAAGAACACCAGCAUCUGACUCUUUCGUCCGGCUCUUCCGUCUCUCGUGUAGCACCGCAACCUGUAAUGUUUGCCUGCGUAUGCUCACGCACGUGACGACAAUGUUCCGACCGAUCGCGGUCUCUCCCGUCUCUCUCUUCCGCCUGCGCUCGACAGCAGAGCAGCCAACCACUCUCUGCCACUUCCGUCUGUUCUUCUUCCCUAAGGUUAGGCUCAAUCCCUGCUUCCUCAGAAUGUCCCGCUUACCUCCCUCAGCCUUCGAAGAGUAG